CCGGGGCCGAGGAACGUCUUUCAAUGAAAGCCAGGAGUCUGCGUCGGCGCGAGGACAUUAGGACGCGAAAGGAGGCUCAACGUCUGGCGGCCGCAGCACACAGAUCAAGGCUCGGCCGCGGUCCUCAUCCGGCUUCCUACUGGCAUGCAAAGGAUUCCUCCGUCAGACGAGGUGUCCGCAAGCGUCUGCCCUCGUUUGACGAUAAUCAGCCGCGCAAAAGAAGUAGUCUUGCCCUCCCGUCGUCUGCGUACCGGUCAGCCAAGGGCACCCGAAGAUCGACUGAUCCGCGGGAUUCUAACGCUAACUACAGACGUUCUCCGGCCACCGAUGAUCGCAGCCAAUCUGAGUCGCCGAAUGAAGAGGAGGAGGAGGAGGAGGAGCAAGACUCUAACUGGGUGGACAAUCUUGAAAGGCACGCCUCUCGUCAACAGCGCGGCCGACGCUGCAUGCCAGGAGAGCGUCCGCCCUCAGCGCGACCUGUCUCUCGCAAGGGAUGUGACCAGGACAGCUAUGCCCGUGACCGUGAGACUCUAUUUGAAGACAGUGGUGAGGAGGAGGAGGAGGAGGAC